UUAAAGAAAGGGAACCGUGAAAAAUGAGUCAUCUUCCUAUAAAAGUGGUGUUUCAUCUUCGUAUAAAAGAGGUGUAAUUUUCUGUUUCAGUAUUGGGUUUACUUCACUCCCACAAAUUUCGUUUUACUCAAGUCCCCCGCAGCCAUAGCAGCGAGUCAACAUCUACAUAUAUAUGAAUGGUAGUUCUCUGUGCAACCAGAACAACAGCGGCAAAAAAACCCAGCAGAAGCAAGUAUAAAAGUCAUGGUGCAUGGCCACGAUGGUCAUAUUCCUACGUUAAUAGAGAGACGUGGAGGAUCUGAAAGGCCACUGGUUCUUUCUGUGAAUAGUAGGAAAGAGACAUCUUAUUGGAUUCAGAUUUCAGAAAUAGCAAAGAAGAGACUGAAGGAAGCAAAAACAACAGUUGAGAACAUCGAAAAGCUUUAUCUCAAUCAAACUCUUAUGAGUUUACCAUGGUUGGGUUUGAAACUUUCGGAGUCAAGCUUGGACUUUAUAUACAACAUAGUUAAUGAUACUGCUGCACAAGCAAGUGCAGCAAAAGAAGCAAAGUUUAAAGCAAGUGCUGCAGCAGAAGCAAAGUUUAUUAGCGAUUCUGAGAAAUUGAAGGCUUCAAAUUUCGGUGCAUCACUCUUAAGAAUAGGCUCAUGGAUGGUACAGCCUCCACGUGAAGGUGCUUUAGUAGUAAAGAUUUAUUAUGCCAAGCGAAAACUAGUGUGGGAAAUUCUAGAGAAUGCUUUGAAGAAAAAGAUUGAAAUACAAUGGUCUGAUAUUAUAGGAAUUCGAGCUAGAAUUUUGGAAGAUAAGCCUGGAAUUCUAGAGAUUGAGCUUAACAAUCGUCCUGCUUUCUUUGACGAAAGUAAUCCAAUGCCGCGCAAACACACCAUGUGGAAGAUUAGUUCAGACUUUACUGAUAAUCAAGCUCAAACUUACAGGUUGCACUAUCUUGAAUUUCCUCCAGGAACCCUUGACAAACACUAUGAGAAGCUCCUGCAAUGUGACCCCAAUUUGUUAAAGUUGAGCCAAAGACCUUUCCCAAGUCUUAGUUCUCCUUACUUCCAUACAGAUUGCUACAAUGGGCGUAAAGAAUUUUCUUUGGAUUUUUAUAGACACGGGCAGUUACCUUUACCAUUCUCGAGUAUGCAUUCGCCAUUUAAAUCUAUUCAACAAAUUCAGGCAUAUGAACAAGCCCACCAACAAUACCUUCUUACAACGAAUUCAACUUCACCAAUAUCAGUUAUGGAUUUCUCUCCACAUUCAGAUGGAGCCAUUAGCAACCAAGGAGUUGAUGAUCCAAGGAUGGCAAUGUGGUAUCAAAGGAUGAUUAAUCCUGCAAACGUUCUAGGGAGAGAUCAAAUGCAAGGGCCAUUUUCUAUGGCUAUACCAACCCAAGUAAAUCCAGCCAUAUCUGGUCAAAACUAUAAUGUGUCAGCAGCUUGGCCUAAUUCAGACACUCAAAUCCUAGAUGAUAUUCAAAGCCGAUUGCUGAGUGACAAAAAAUUUCAAUUUGGUUAUGACCCUUACUUAGAGGUGGAGUCAUUGAACAACUUAGUACCUGACUUGCAAAAAGAAAUGAACCCAACAAGCAACUUCGAAAACUGUUUGUUGGGUGAAGCUGAACACACAGGUAUGAAAAAUGUGCGGAAUGUCACAAGGGUGAACUCCUUGGGUUCAUUGAUGGCGUUGCCAACAGAAGAGCAACCUGCAAGUAGCACUCUCUAUCCACAGUCUGUUAACUGGCUACCUCAAUCUCAAGAUCCUAAUGUGAAUUUUAUGAUGCAUCGACCUGGGAACAACACUUCAAUGGAUACAGUUUUUGAUCCAGAUCCUAAAGUUGAUACAGAUGAUCCAACAAUGGUAGAUUUCACAACUACUAAUAAUUUUGAUGGGGACAAUCACUGGACAUGAUUCAAAAGCGAGUAUUGAUAUGAGGGAAGGAUGAUAAUAAAGCGCAUGAUUCAAAAGUGAGUAAUAAUAUUAGGGAAGGAUGAUAAUAAAAGCACAUCAUGGUCGAGCCCAAUGCGAUGGCAAGUGGAAAAAAUACAAGUCACAGAUUCAAGCUUAAGAAUUAACCUGUUCAAAGAGAAAAUUGAAGGUAAACACCAUGUGUCUCACAUCUUGUUUAACAAUGCAAGGCAAUUGGAGGAUUCAUUUUGAAGUCAUCUUGUUUAGAAUGUGUGCAUUGGGUAUGACUUUUAUUUUUUAGGUUUUUGUCAGUAGGCAAUUGUACCCAACUUUUAUUUUUUUUUUAGAUUUUUGUAAAUAGGCAAUUGGAGGAUUCAAUUAAAAGUGAUCGUAAUUUGUGUACUAGGUACGAUUUUUUUUUUAGUGAGUUCUUGUAGUAUUACAAGCAAAUUCUUCUUCCCUAGGUUCCCUCCCUCUCCCAAAAUACAUAUUAUUUUCAACUUUCACAUAGACCAACUAUUUUUGCUCUACCAAUCAUAGUCAGUCACACAGAGAAUUGUGGCAAAAGUUUUACA